CGCUCGCAGGAUGGACGCUCACAGAUAACAGUCGGCACCUUCGUUGUUUUCUUAUUAGUUAGAAAGGUGUUUUUUUUUUUUUUUUUAACUCUAGUGGUGUAUUGCAAUUGAACGCAUUUGGUCUGGCUUGUGGAUGAAAAUGGAAGACUCGUCGUGAAGUUGCUGUUUUUUUUUUUUUUCUUUAAUCUGCCGAACUUUACGCAUAUGCCCUUUGCUGCUGAAACCCUGCCGGCGGAACUUAAGCGUAUUGUGAAAGUUUGAGGACGCACACUGAUUUUGCAGCUACGGAAGAACACAUUUGAUUUCACAUUCUAAGGAAAUUAUAUCUUCCUUGUGCAGCGGCGCGAAUACCGAAGAGACUUUUCAGAUCUAGAGCGGCGCGUGCGCUCCGCGUGAGCUGGGGAAGAUGCUGUGUGUGGGGGGAGAGCGCGCGCGAGCUGCCGGGCCGCUCCUCGCGCUGCUGCUCAUCGGCGGAAGCUUCGUGUACAAGACAGAUGGCAGUGACUACAGCGAAGUUCUGCCGGACUCCUUCCCCUCUGCGCCAGCUGAGCCUUUGCCCGAGUUCCAGAGCGAGCCGGAGGACACGUUCAUUGUGAAGAACAGACCAGUGAAACUCUCCUGCAAAGCGUCUCCCGCCACCCAGAUCUACUUCAAAUGCAACGGCGAGUGGGUCAACCAGAACGACCACGUCACCAGAGAGAGCCUGGAUCAGGUCACAGGUCUGGUGGUGCGUGAAGUAGACAUUUCAGUGUCCAGGGUUCAGGUUGAGGAGCUUUUUGGCUUGGAAGAUUACUGGUGCCAGUGUGUAGCCUGGAGCUCCGCGGGUACCACCAAGAGCCGGCGCGCUUACGUUCGCAUUGCAUACCUCAGGAAAAACUUUGAGCAGGAGCCACUCGGCAGGGAGGUUCGUCUGGAACAGGAAGUUCUGCUGCAGUGCCGCCCACCAGAAGGGAUCCCACCUGCUGAGGUAGAGUGGCUGAAGAAUGAGGAGCUUGUUGAUCCUGUACAGGACUCGAACUUUCUUAUAACAAUCGACCAUGACCUCAUUAUCAAGCAAGCACGUCUUUCUGACACUGCUAACUACACAUGUGUGGCCCGAAAUGUGGUUGCCAAGCGACGCAGCAGCACUGCUACACUCAUCGUCUAUGUGAGUGGAGGCUGGUCAUCCUGGACAGAGUGGUCAGAGUGUAAUGCACGUUGUGGGCGGGGCUGGCAGCGACGGACACGUAGUUGCACCAAUCCGGCACCACUUAAUGGGGGUGCUUUUUGCGAGGGCUCUCCCUUUCAAAGAGUCACCUGCACCACCCUCUGUCCAGUGGAUGGAGGCUGGACAGAGUGGGCUAAGUGGUCAGCGUGUGGGACCGAGUGCACUCAUUACCGCAGCCGUGAGUGCCAGGAUCCUCCCCCACGUAACGGAGGACGUCACUGCAGCGGCAGCAUGAUGGAGAGCAAGAACUGCACUGAGGGGCUGUGUGCUCGCUCGGAUUCUGGGGCAGGUGUGGCUAUGUACGCAAGGCUUGUGGGGGCUCUGUUGUUGUGUGUAAUCCUUGUGCUCAGUGUGGGCAUCCUGGCUUACCGCCGUAGUUGUCGCAAUUUCCACGGAGAUAUCACAGAUUCCUCUUCUGCCCUUGCUGCUGCCUUUCAUCCUGGCAAACCACCAAGACAAGAUAACCUUCAUGUGCUGCACUCCUCAGCUCCCCCCGACCUCACUGCUAGCGCAGGAACGUUCAGAGGGCCGAUCUUCUCCUCUCUGCAACAAAGCACACUUGAUUCGCACCACAAGAUACCCAUGACCAACUCACCUCUGCUGGAUGCUCUGCCCAGCCUCAAGAUUAAAGUCUAUGACUCCUCUACCAUGUCAUCAGUGGAGCUGCCCACCAGCCUGGGUUGCGCUGAUGAAGACAUCAUGAGCUUGAAAACAAUGGGCAGCGGUGCACGAGAGCCUCGCACACACACACUGCCUGCUGAGCCAGGCCACAGCACCAGUGCCACACUAGGCAGCCUUGGCGGGCGCCUUACCAUCCCUAACACAGGUGUGAGCCUAUUGGUGCCGCCAGGAACCAUUCCUCAGGGGAAAUUCUAUGAAAUGUAUCUCAUCAUCAACAAAUGGGAGAAGACUACGUUGCCAUCGGAGGGUGGUCAGACAGUCUUGAGUCCGGUGGUGAGCUGUGGGCCCUCAGCCAUGCUGCUAAGCCGUCCAGUCAUCCUCACCCUGCCCCACUGCGCCUAUCUCGAGACGCCCUACUGGAGCCUCACUCUUAAAUCACAGAGCAACCAAGGUGUCUGGGAGGAGGUGCUGACUGUCGGAGAGGAGAGUUUAUCCUCACCGUGCUACAUGCAGCUGGAGGAGCAGAGCUGCCACAUUCUGGUGGACCACUUAGGUACCUACGGUCUGGUGGGACAGUCGGUUCCUCCUCAGCCUGCUUGUAAGAGGCUGCAGCUCGCCAUGUUUGCUCCUAGAGCUCCUUGCCUUUCUCUGGAUUACAGUUUGAGGGUCUACUGUAUACAAGACACUCCAUAUGCCCUAAAGGAAGUGUUAGAAUUAGAGCGAACACUUGGUGGGGUUUUAUUGGAUGAUCCCAAGUUACUCCUCUUCAAAGACAGUUAUAACAACCUACGACUGUCAAUCCAUGACAUCCCACACUCUUACUGGAGAAGCAAGCUUCUUGCCAAGUAUCAGGAGAUCCCAUUCUACCACAUCUGGAAUGGGAGCCAGCGGCCCCUGCACUGUACCUUUAGCCUGGAAAGAGGGAGCCUAGCGGUGUCCCAGCUCAGCUGUAAGAUCUGUGUGAGGCAGGUGGAGGGGGAAGGGCAGAUAUUCCAGCUCCACACAGACAUCCAAGAGACCUUGCCCCCCCAUUCACCGCUGCCUGCAGCAGGAACAAGCCUGCCAUCAUCUCAGGUGGGCCCUUAUGCCUUCCGCCUGCCAGGUUCUAUCCGCCAAAAGAUCUGUGCCAGUCUUGAUGCCCCCAGUGCCCGCGGCUGUGACUGGAGACUGCUUGCACACAGCCUGGGCUUUGACAGGUACCUGAACUAUUUUGCCACCAAGCCAAGUCCCACAGGUGUGCUGCUCGACCUGUGGGAAGCGUGUCACCACAGUGAUGCCGACCUGGUCUCCCUGGCGACUGCUCUGGAAGAGAUGGGCAAGAGUGAGGUCUUAGUUGUCAUGACGACAGAUGAGGACUGCUGAUUGGGGGAAUCAAACCCUGUAAAAAGGAAAUAAAUGUGCCACCAUGAAUAAAGCAAUCAUUAAUGCAAGUGGAGGGGCAUAAAGAUGUGAGCACCUGACUCGUCACUGUGCACGUGCACAGAAGAUACAGAGCUGCAGGCCGCUGGCUCCAUGAUCUCUAAGUCUUACACACACUGCUGCACUGUCACAAAUAGACAUGAAGAAAAAAUAUAUGAUGUCAUUUUAACAAGAACCUUUUUUUUUUAACUAAAUGCAGGUAGCAGGUUUAAAUCUUGGCCUGUCUGCAUCAAUCAUAUGUACAAGCUCAUGAUUCAAGGAUGCUUUUUGCUCUCUCAGACGUGAAUAAUUUUUUCUUUUAAACACAGGCGCACACACUUAGACUACAUACUGGAAGCCAAGUGUGAAAGUGCAUGAUGAAGCAUCACUUAAGGUCGUGAUUGAGCUUUUGUUUCUUAGUGAUUAUUGAAGGCUUAAAGUCACCGUCAGACAGACUUUGGAGUAAAGCACUUUCUCAAGCUGCUCCCACACGCACACACACACACACGAAGAUGUCCUUACGCAGUUACACAGAAAGGAGUGUUGAUAAAGCAGACAAACAGCCAGAUUAGCCAGAAAUAGACUCAGAAACAGCAGUACCGCAGUAGUUACUGGUCCUUGCCAUUUUCAUUGAUAAAAUAUUGAAAAUAGUGUGUAGUGAAUAUGAUGCUGCAUUUCAUCAAUUUAGCAAAAUUCUUCACGUUAGCAAAAAGUACGAGAAAGCUUUUGUUGCUGCAGAAAAGUAGCGAUAUACAGACAUUUCCAGGUUUCAAUACAUUAAGUAUUGCAUAUUGUUUGUUACCUGAUUCUGAUUCAGUACUGGCGUCCCCACAGGAAACAAGCCAAAUUUCUGCAAGCUGCUGUUGCCUAGUUAUGCAAAAUACCAGAGACAUGAUGGUGUCGUGGUCAAGUCAACAUCACUCACCUUUAUGACACAACACGUCAAAGGAUCAGAUAUCAAAUCAGAUCCUAUAAAAGAACCAUCGUUUCAAGCGGGUUUCAGUACAUGUCUAGAGGAAAGCUUUUAUAAACUGCAGUUCCCUUUUAAUUUAUUCUACAGGGUGUCCCAAAAAUUUCUAUAUAUUGGGGAAAUUAACACUUUUUAGCAAAAUGUAACUUUAUUUAUAGAACAUCCCCUACAUGGUAGCUAUUUCUUUGUAAAUACACAAAGACAACAAAUCUGAUGUUAUGCAUUUUAAUGCACUUCAGAUGUGUUCUUUUGAAGUAUAAUUAAAUUAAUAUAAGGUUUAAAACCUUAUAUUUUGCUAGGAAUUCUUAGUUUGCCUAUGUAUAGAGAUUUAUUGGACACUAAGCAAUCAUCUUUGUUGCUUUUUAUGACAUUUUCUCUUCAACACAUCUUAUAAAGUGCAGAAGAGCUAUCACGCAAGUUUCCUAUAGGGAACACACUUUUUAAUUUACUGUCCAUAUUAGUGGAUUAUCGUUUCAUUUUCUCUGGCUGUAUCUACUGUAAUGUUAUUGAGUAAAACACGCGCAU